AUGGCCUCACCCCCACCCCCCGGUUACUACGUCCCGGCCACUUUGUUUUUCGACGAGAACGAGGAACUCGACUUGGAUGCGAUUAGGUCUCAUCUCCUUCGUCUCGCACAGGGAGGCGUGACGGGGAUACUCGUCCAAGGCUCGAACGGAGAGGCACAACAUCUUGACCGUCAAGAACGGAAAAAGAUCAUUCAAUUCACUCGGACAACCCUUGAUGAGAAUGGCUUCAAUAAUGUAGUACUCAUUGCAGGUACUGGCGCUCAGUCAACACGAGAAACUAAACAGUUGUGUUUCGAUGCCAAGGAAGCAGGUGCCUCAUACGUUCUUGUUUUAACACCCUCGACCUGGCCCCCACAAAUGACAGCGGACAACGUUAUCCGUUUUCAUCGUCAAGUUGCUGAUGCGGUUAAUAUUCCUUACAUGAUUUAUAACUUCCCUGUCGUCACCGCUGGCAUCGACCUCGACUCGGACACCAUUGCCACACUUGCUCGACAUCCUAAUAUCGUCGGUGUUAAACUUUCUUGUGGCCAGGUUGGAAAACUCCAUCGGCUUGCUUCGACAUUUUCUCCAAGUGAAUUUGCCGUUUUUGCCGGUCGCUCCGACAUUUUCCUUACGAGCCUGCUAUGCGGCGGGUCAGGAGUUAUCGGGGCUACAGUCAAUGUAUUACCCAAAUCGCAUGGAAAUCUCCUUCAACUCUAUCGGGAAAGCAGGCUAUCGGAGGCAUUUGAGUUGCAGGCCAAGCUUGGGCAUGCCGACUGGGCAAUCCAAAAACUAGGAGGAAUAUCAGGGGUCAAGGCCAUCGUUUGUCGGAAUUGGGAGUAUGGGAAGCCUAUUGUGCGGGGUCCACUGAAGCCGGUGGCGGUCGAGUCGUUGGUGGGAAAUAAAUAUGCGGAAACAUUGCAAGAAUUAAUUUCAAUGGAAAAGUAG